AUGUCUACUAAAGUAAAUACGAAAAAGGGAGUCUCGAAGAAACAGGAAGUUGUAGCCAAGGAGGUUACUAAGAAAGAAGUUACCAAGAAGGAAGUUCCAAAGAAAGAAGAACCAGUCAAAAAAGAGGAAGUUCCAAAGAAGGAGGUUGCCAAGAAGGAAGCACCAAAGAAGGAAACAAAACCAGUUGAGCACACCAAGAAGGACGUCCACGCUAAGAAAGAUACCAAAGACACUAAGAAAGACGCCAAGAAGGGAGAAAAGAAAGAAGAAGAACAAAAAGAACAAAAGAAAGAGAAAGUCUUCAUCACAGCCACCGUCUAUGCUAUUUCAGACAGAAACGGUAUUCUUAUCCAAGGACAGAAAAAAGAAGGCGAGAGCAACAUCCUCUCACUUGCUUACGUCGAUGUCCCAAGAUUGUCAAAGGACAAAGAGACUGGAAAGGUUCAAGAAGAAAUCUUCUUCUACGAAGCUAAUCAAGUCUUGAGAAAGAGAUUGAUUGGAAAGACUGUCAAAUUCGAGGUAGUCAAAGAGAUGGACAAUGGAAUCAGACUCGUUGUCCCAAUUCUUGGAAAAGAGAACAUCAUCAUCACGUUACUCGAGAACGGAUAUGCCAGCUUGAGACUUAGCCCAAGAGACCCAAGAAGAGAUGAACUCAAGGAGUACUAUGACGCCGCUGAGAAGGCAAAGAACGCACAAAAGGGAAUGCACGCUUCAUACGAACAACAAGUAAAGGUUGCCAUCAAGAAGCCAGAAACCCCAUUCUUCACUGAAUUUGAACUCAGCAAGAUGGCUGGAAAGUCUGUUGAAGGUUACGUCAAGAAG